GAAGGCACAUAAGAAAAGUGUCAGCUACCACAGCAACCCCAAAAAGAGCCUUAAAUAUCAGCUAUACCAUCCUCCUUUUCUUUGACAAGGCUUUCCCUCUUCUUUCUGAUCACUGCAUUGUCUCAGAGACCCUACUAAGCACAACAACCAUGGGUACUGAAAUGGUUAUGGUGGAUGAGAUCCCUUUUCCUCCUGAGAUCACCACCACAAAGCCUUUAUCUCUGCUGGGCCAUGGAAUUACGGACAUUGAGAUACACUUUCUCCAAAUUAAGUUCACAGCAAUUGGAGUUUAUUUGGAACCCGAAAUUGUGAAGCAUCUGCAGCAAUGGAAGGGUAAACCUGGAGGUGUUCUAGCUGAAGAUGAUGACUUCUUUGAGGCCCUUAUUUCUGCUCCGGUGGAGAAAUUUCUAAGAAUAGUGGUGAUCAAAGAGAUCAAGGGUUCCCAAUAUGGAGUCCAGCUAGAGAGCGCUGUGAGGGAUAGAUUGGCUGCCGAUGACAAGUAUGAAGAGGAGGAGGAGGCAGCCUUGGAGAAACUUGUUGAAUUCUUCCAGUCUGCUUAUUUCAAGAAAAAUUCCAUCAUCACAUAUCAUUUUCCAGCAACUUCUGCCACUGCCGAGAUUGUUUUUUCGACUGAAGGGAAGGAGGACACAAAAACCAAAGUGGAGAACGCAAAUGUGGUUGAGAUGGUCAAGAAAUGGUACUUGGGAGGGACUAGAGGGGUGUCUCAGACAACCAUAUCCUCCUUAGCAAACACCCUCUCUGCCGAGUUAUCUAAAUGAACAAUUUACUUACUUUUCUUGUCUUAUUAUGGUUUUGUGGUGCUUCGUUUGCUGCUCUGAUUGGAACUUUGUCCAUGGAGGGCAAAAGCCUUCUCGUUAUGCUGCUGUAUCAAUAAUAUGGUAGAUAAGCCUCUUUUUAAGGGGUUUUUUUUA